AUGGCCGCGGCUCAUGGGGACCUGCGUCACCUACUUCCGGGUAACUAUAAGCGGCAGAUUGCCGACUGGCUUGAGGAAGAUUGUCCCAGUCUCGACUAUGGUGGAUUUGUAGUGGGCGAGUCGGAGGGUGAGGCUCGCCUUUUGGGGAAGAGCGCGGGUGUACUUGCCGGCGUGCCGUUCUUCGAUGAGGUGUUUUCUCAAUUGGGUUGCUCUACCGAAUGGCACAUCCAAGAAGGCCAGUCCCUCCCCGCCAACACCAAAACCCACUGCGCAACCGUGCGCGGUCCCAUUCGCAAGAUCCUCCUCGGUGAACGUGUCGCCCUCAACAUUCUCGCCCGCUGCUCCGGCAUCGCCACCAAAUCCGCUUCUACAUUGGCCGCUCUCCGCGCCCAAGGAUGGACCGGCAUCCUGGCCGGCACCCGCAAGACCACGCCCGGCUUCCGCGUCGUGGAGAAAUACGGUAUCUUGGUCGGCGGCGCAGACCCGCACCGCCAUGAUCUGAGCCACAUGACCAUGUUGAAGGAUAAUCAUGUCUGGGCAUGUGCCAACAACGGGGCCGGACAGGGCGGCAGGACAAAUCCCGAGUCAAUUGCGGCGGCGAUCCCCAAGGCUGUGGCGGCGGCCAAGGCGGCCGGUGGGUUUGCGACCAAAGUCGAGGUGGAGGUGAGAAGCGUCGAAGAGGCGGAUGCGGCAAUUGCGGCGGGCGCCGAUGUUAUCAUGUUGGAUAACUUCACGCCGGAGGGGGUCCGGGAGGCGGCGAGGAGUCUCAAGGAGAAAUGGCGUGGGUCCGGGAGGGCGUUCUUGGUUGAGGUCAGUGGUGGCUUGACCGAGGAGAAUGCGCCGGCCUAUGCCUGUGCCGAUGUGGAUAUCUUGUCGACCAGUUCGAUUCAUCAGGGAACCGGCAUCGUGGACUUUUCGUUGAAGGUCUCGUUGCGAUGA